AAAUAAUUCCCUUAAGAUUGAGAAUUCACCCAAGAGGAAUUCGUUGGAUGCAGUCCAAAGCAACUUCAGGGUUACAUUAACUUAAAAACAAGAGACCAUAUUUUCCUUUUGAAAAUGCAACAAUUGCCUAUCAAUGGCCCUACUGAGUCAUGCACCUUCCGCGUAAUUAUGGGUGAACCUCAGCUGCACAAUGGCUCCCCGUGGGGCCUUCAUCUGAAUCAGCCGUGAAGUCGUAAACAAAGGUUGUCUUGGAGUGCCUGAUCUCCGAGGAUCAACUGACAAAAAGAAAAUAUGCUCACCCUCUCCCGAGCCACUUAUGAUUGCACUGUGCGCGAGAAACAAGCCAGGAGGGACGUUGGAUGCCGGGUUAUGUAAUGAGGCAGUGAGAGACGCACGGAGAGCUUGGGGUAAAGGAUGCCUGCGAUGUCGAUGAGCGAAGCCCUCGGUCUGGAGCUUCUUCGGGGUCACCGCACCGAGGGUCUGGAGCUCCGGUCCAAUGUGGUUCGAGUCUUCAUUAGUUCCACUUUUUCAGAUAUGAGCAGAGAGAGAGAUGUUUUACUGGAAAAAGCGUAUCCAGAGCUUCAGUCUUUCUGUCAGAGUAUGGGUCUGGUCUUUGAGGUUGUUGAUAUGCGAUGGGGUGUCCGUGACGCAAUUGCCGUCGAUCACAUGACGACUGAGUUGUGUCUCCAGGAGAUUCAGUCCUGUAAGAGGAUGUCUGUGGGCCCCACGUUCACCGCUCUGCUGGGAAAUCGCUAUGGUUACCGACCCAUUCCCAGACUCAUCCCCGAGAAGGAGUUUGACCUGCUGCUCUCCCAGCUGACCGGGGACCGGGAGGGCGAGGAGCUCCUCGCCAAGUGGUUCUGGAAAGACGAGAACUCCACGCCGUGCGCCUACGUUCUGCAGCCCAUCACCACCCAUUUGCCCAACUACGACAGCACUCAAGCCGAGAGCUACGAGCAGCACGAGGAGGACGUCUUCGCCUGGCACAUCGCCCAGGAGCGCAUCCUGCGUCUGCUGCGCACCGGCGCCCUGCAGGCGGAGAAAGACGGGAUUUUUACCGCGGAGCAGAAACACAAGUUCUUCAAAUCUGUGACUGAGUGGGAGAUCGAGCAGGGUCUGCAGGGGUUUCAGAAGGACGACCCCUACUCCGUGCUCUUUGUGCGGAAUUUGCCGAGCUUGCACAAGAAUCAGAGCCACAGGAGCUUCGCCCAGUUCAUGGACGUGACUGCGGACGGGCUGAUCGACAAGGAGGCUCAGGAGCUCCUCACGAAGCUGAAGGCCCAAAUCAACGCUCUGUGCUCGGACUUCGUGAACCUCCACUCCCUGGAGCUGAGCAGAAUCGGCAUCGACCCCGGCUGCAAGGAGCACGCCAAGUACCUGCUGAGCCUGUGCGAGCAGUUUGUCACGCAGAUGAAGGAAAAGAUAAGCAAGGCUGUUGGGCCUUCGUCCCCUGCCAAAGGCUCUGGUGGAGGAAGAGGAGGAGGAGAGUGGGGCUGGCUUUGGCAGGAGGUCACCCAUCACCUCCUGUUGAGUUGCUCCAAGUGUGCGGUUUUCUGUGGCAGGGAGGGCCUCCUGGGGCAGCUUUGUCUCGCCAUGUGGGAGACGACGAACACCUACCAUGGGCCCUUAGUCGUCUACGGGCCCUCGGGGAUCGGCAAGACCGCGCUGAUGUGCAAGCUGGCUCAGGAGAUGCGUGCGGUCCUGGGCCCCAAGUCGGUGGUGGUGCAGAGGCUGCUGGGAACGUCUCCCCUGAGCUCCGAGAUCGACUCAGUCUUGAGGAGCAUCUGUUUUCAGGUGUGCGGGGCGGUCGGUCUACCGCCGCCCGCCACCCAGACCACCAACAGCCACGAGAACUUGGUGAGGUUCUUCCAUGGCCUGCUCAACCAGGUGGCGGAGCAGCGGGACUCCCUCCUCAUCAUCCUGGACUCGCUGGACCAGCUUUCCGAAGCCAACCACGCCCACAAGCUCCACUGGCUGCCCAAGGAGAUCCCGCCCAACGUCCAGAUUGUGGUCUCCACCCUGGACUCUGGGCCUCCCAUCCUGGAGGCCCUGCGGGGCAUGAUCCCGGCGGCAGAAAACUUCUUCCCGGUCGAGCAGCUGGGAGCGGAUCACGGCGGAGAGAUCGUGAAUGCCUACAUGGCGGCGGUCGGACGUCGGUUGACGCCGGUUCAACGCGACGUGGUUCUCCAGGGCUUCAAGCACUGCGGCCACCCCCUGUUGCUCAAGCUCACCCUGGACACGGCCCGGCGCUGGGCCUCUUACACCCCUGUGUCAGAGCUCCAGCUCGGCAGCACGACCCAGGAAGCGGUCUCUCUGCUCUUCCAGCAUCUGGAGAAGAAACACGGGCGCCAUCUUAUUGGCGCUGCGCUGGGGUACAUCGUAUCAUCAAGGGACGGGCUGUCGGAGGCAGAGCUGCGAGACGUGCUGUCCUUGGACGACGAGGUUCUGGGCGACAUCUACCAGUACUGGCUCCCGCCCACCCUCACCUUCAUCCGCCUGCCCCCCCUCCUGUGGAGCCGUGUCCGGCACGACCUGGGGGAGUACCUGGUGGAGAGGCAGGCCGGUGGCGUCACCGUGCUCGGACUCUACCACAGGCAGUUUAUUGAAAUGGUGCGGGAGAGGUACUUGUCUGCGGAGUCCAAGGUGAAGAGUCACACUGUCCUUUCUGAGUACUUCCUGGGUCUCUGGAGCCAGGACAAUCCCAAACCUAUCUUUCUGCCUGCCCUGAGAACCAACCUUAAUGCCGACAGGAAGGUGUCCUCUCAGCCCUUGUGGUUUGCUCAAGGUGUUGCUAACACCAGGAAGCUAAGGGAGCUCCCCUACCAUCUCGUCCAUGCCGGCAAAUGGGAUGAACUGCGGCAGGAAGUAAUUGGGAGUACCUAUUGGCUGUGCUGUAAAACUCUGACUUGCGGUGUGGCCAGUGUCAUUGAAGACUUGUCCCUCAGCGCUGAGGUCAGUGGCUGUGCUGAGAUCCGACUGAUACGAGACACUUUUCUGCUCAUGAAGCCAACACUCGACUUCAUAGAUGGACGGAUUGACAUAUGCCUCUUCUACACGGAGAUCUUCGCCCGGCUGCACACCUUUGCUGGGAUGUACCCUUCGCUGAUUGGUAGCCUGUGUGCCCAGUGUCAGGACUGGUUUACCACCUGUAUCAAUCCGGUUCUGGUCCCCAGCUGUAGCUUCUUCCAGUCCCCAGGAGGGGCCCUGAAGACAACUCUCACUGGUUUCCAGAAAGGAAUCACAGCGGUAGAUCUUUGUGCUAAAAAGGGGCUCUUGGUGGUGGGCUCAGAGGAUGGGAAGGUGAUUGCCUGGAACCUGGAUGAAUUGGAAGUUGUCCAUAACUUUACCGGGCACACGGCGGGGGUGCUGUGGGUGAAAGUGAUUGGCGCCGGGGCCCGCUGUCUCUCCGCGGCCAGGGAUGGCACUCUGAGGCUCUGGAGCCUGCAGAGUGGCAGGCAGCUGUACUCUGUCUCCACGGGAGGGCCCCAGGGCGCUCAGCCCCCCUCUCAGAUCCACGUGAUCGAGGAGAGGUCUGCCAUCUACUGCAUCGCCGGGGCCCAGAUACUUGCUUGGGACCUUGAAACGUCUGAGCUCCUCUUCCAAGUUGUGUUUCCUGAGGGGAGCAUGUCCUCCUUGCUCGGGGUACUGAACGGGGCAGUUGCGUCCCUCACAGAUAAAGGACUCCUUACUUUCUACGACUGGUCAGCUGGCGUGGAGAAAAAAGACAUCAGUUUGACGAUGGAGAAUUUGACCCCCACGUGUAUGCUGACCCUCCGCAGACUUGACAAACUGAUAAUUGGCUCCAAGGAGGGCUUCCUUCUUCUGGUUUCCUCUCAAGGAAGACAGACCAUUACCGAGCUUCAGGCUCCAGUUUCUUUUCUCACCGCAUCCACCGAUGAAAAAGCGCUGUGUGCAGGGUUCGGGAAUCAGGUCGCAGUGUUCCAGGUCCAGGACUUGAUGCAGACGGUCCCUCAGGUGUUCCAGCACGAAGACACCGUCUUGACGGCCGUGGCCCCCUGCCAUCGAAGGGUGCUCAUCUCUGGCUGCGAGGACCAGACUAUAAGGGUUUGGUGCCUAUUCAGUGGAAAUCUCCUAGAUACAUUUUGGGGCAUGGGUGCUCCCGUCACCAGCCUGGUGGUCUACGAGGGCACGGUUAUCUCCAUGUCCAGUAGCGCCUACUACCUGAAGCUGUGGCAGCUGGACUACAAUCACAAGCACAAAUCCGAUGAUUGUUUCCCUGGCAGCAGCCCUCUGGUUAUCCCCUCCCAGAGUGGUGACCAGGCGUACUUCCUCAAACACGGAAACAGGAAGGAAAUUGCCAUAUGGGAUAGUCGUAAAGGAACCUCCCGCGAGCCCAUAGAAGUUUCAGCCGUAGUCACCUGUCUGGGCCUGGCCCCGAAGAAGAGGCUCCUGUUCUGCGGGGUGAAAACCGGCACCAUCCUGAUCUACCCGCUGGCGCUCGCACCCGAAACGUUGUGCCUGCCUCCUCCGGAGACCCUGCCCUCCGUCCGCUGCUUCGCCGUCAACCACCGGGAGGACAGGGUGGCCGCGGCCUACGAGGACGGCAUCUCCGUGUUCGAGAUCGUCAUCCGCGACGACUUCCCUUGCGUGGAGGGUCCCCGGGAGAAGCUGCCCCUCUCCCUGCUGCACUCCCCCAUCUCGUGCAUGGGCUUGCUGCGCGACGGCGGGGUGCUCCACGGCACGUCCAGCGGGGAGGUCACGCUGCACAACUUCCAGAGUGCCACGGCGGAGUCCAUGGACCGCCACUCCUCGGAGAUCACGUGCAUCGCGGUGAGUCAUCGGGGAACGCACGCCUUGAUCGGCUCCCGAGAUUCCAUCCAAAGGCUGUGGAGAUUGUCACCUCUGGAGGAAUGCUACGCGAUGGAGUACAAGGGAUUCUUCUUCGAAGGGAUUCUUUGUGCGACUUUCUCCAAAAAUGACCAAUAUAUUUAUACUGGGUCCCAGGACAGGACCAUCAAAGUCUGGGAUGUAUCCAGUGGGCAUUUACUCGUUGUCCAGUAUGUCUACGCCUCGGUCACGAACAUCAUAGCCUCCAGCGAUGGCCUCGUCGCGGUCUCUCAGCUGGGUCACGUGAUCAGGGAGAAAUUCCGCUGUCCGACGCACGUCAGUCCGAACUACGACCCGCUCCAGAACAUUCGAGGGCAGUACCGAGUCAUUUCCAAAGGGAAGCUAUCCGAGAACCCUGCACCGACCGAGGAGGAGGAGGAGAUCAAGCCUGUCCGUCGCCGCGGCAUCAGGAUGAAGUCGUCAAACGCCUGCCUCCUGCUAUGACGGCUGAUUGACUUUGCGGUCGGUUUGGGACAGACGCAGCUGUGGAUUUUUACCCGAGAAAGCCUUUUAUUCAUCACAAAGCCCCCUAGAGAGAAUCAGAGUUGGGUUAAGGUUGAGGGUAAUCACCAGGCUUUGGUUGAUGUGACUAUGCAUUACGGGUUUUCUCUAUAUUAUUUAAUAUUAUUAGUAUCAUUCACAAAAUCACAGUACAGUGCAUAUGGUGUAGAAAUUAGACAGUACAUCUUGUUAAAAUGCACGCGUAUCCUUUUGCUAAAUAAUGUUGUGUUUCACAGAGUAGCAAGACUGGCUUAACUUAAAACAGCCCGUUAAUAAUGUACUGUAAUACAUUGAACUUUACAAAGAAUAAAGAUCUAUUUGUAAACACU